UCCUCCUCCUCACCGAUGACCAGGACCUGGUGCUGGGGGGAAUGACCCCCAUGAAGAAGACCCAAAUGCUGAUUGGUCAGUUUGGGGCUUCCUUUGCUAAUGCCUUUGCAGUGACCCCCCUGUGCUGUCCCAGCCGCAGCAGCAUCCUGACAGGCUUGUAUCCCCACAACCACUUGGUGAGGAACAAUUCCUUGGAGGGGAAUUGCAGCAGCCCUGCCUGGCAGAAAUAUCAGGAACCCUUAACCUUCCCGGUUUACCUGCAGAAGCAAGGUUAUCAGACCUUCUACGCUGGCAAAUAUCUCAAUCAGUAUGGGAUCCCCAAAGCAGGUGGUGUUCAGCACGUCCCCAUGGGAUGGACCUAUUGGCUAGGUCUGGUGGGCAAUUCCAAGUACUACAACUACACCCUUUCAAUAAAUGGGCACGAGGAGAAACACGGGGACCACUAUGAAGAGGACUAUCUCACAGACCUCCUCACCAACCGGAGCCUGGAGUUCCUACAGAAGCUUUCGCGCCCUCCCUUUCUCAUGGUAUUAGCCCCGCCUGCUGCACGCUCACCCUGGACAGUGGCUCCUCUCUACAAGUCAGCCUACGGUACCCUCAAGGCACCUCGCGAUGGCAGUUUCAAUGUGCAUGGGAAGGACAAGCAUUGGCUGAUAAAACAAGCGAAGACACCAAUGUCAAACAGCUCCAUUGAGUUCUUGGACAACGUUUAUAAAGCCCGGUGGCAAACUCUGUUGUCAGUAGAUGAUAUGGUAGAGAAAGUGCUGGAUCAGCUGAAGUCUCUUAAUUUGCUGGACAGCACAUACGUAUUCUAUACCUCAGAUCAUGGUUACCACACAGGUCAAUUUUCACUGCCCAUUGACAAGCGGCAACUUUACGAGUUUGAUAUCCGGGUGCCCUUGCUGGUGCGAGGCCCAGGUAUUAAAGGAAAUCAAACAUACCUGGAACCCAUCCUCAAUAUAGAUCUGGGACCUACCUUCCUGGACAUUGCAGGAAUCAAUGCCUCUCAGACCAGCAUGGACGGUGCCUCCUUUUUGCCCCUCUUGGUGAACCAGACACAGAGGGCUGGGUGGCGGUCAGACUUCCUGGUGCAAUACACUGGAGAAGGCUAUGCAACCAAGGACCCUGACUGUCCGAUCUUGGGACCAGGAGUGUCACAAUGCUUCCCUGACUGUGUGUGCGAAGAUGCCUACAACAACACAUACGCUUGCGUGCGCACUAUGAGUGCUGUGAACAUGCAGUACUGUGAGUUUGCUGAUAAAGAGAAUUUUGUGGAAGUCUACAAUCUGACUGCAGAUCCACACCAGCUCUUUAAUGUGGCCAAGAGUGUGGACCCUUCAGUGCUGGAGCAGAUGAACCAAAGGCUGAUAAAACUGCAAGCUUGUUCAGGCAUCAGCUGCCGUUCCUGAGGAUUUGAGCACUUUGACCAUGACAAAGAGUCCAAGAUGCCUCUCCCUUUCCUCCCGAUUUAGUGGCCUGGCUUCUUCCUGUCUUUAAACUGAAGCCAAUCUGGUGUUGCCUUUUAGUUCAGGAUUGCUCGAUCUUAAGCCCCAAGUUUGGAAUUUCCUGUGCUGGAAUAGGAUUGGGGUAGAGCAGAAGGGAAAAUAUGGGUGAAGAUCAGAGGCUAUAACCCUUCCAAAAGACGGCCUAUGAAAUUCUAGUGCCUUGUCUCUCUUUUCAUUGCUUAUCCUGUCUCUUUGGCCAGGAAGUUGGCAAUGCAGUCUCAUUUCACAGUGAAGAACAUAACUGACCCAAUCAGUGCUGACCCUGUCCUCAAUUUGGAGCUUUCCAAAUGUUCUUGGACUACAACUUCCUGUAGCAACUGCUAUCUUUGAGGCUACAUACCCCAUCUUGCUCUGCCCACCAGGUUAGGUGGGAGGUGGGGAAGAUUCUCUCUGUUUAGUCAUUGAUUAACAUGGGCUGGUUUCCCUCCAUGUUCAUCUCCUUCCUUUCUUGCACUGGCUGAGAUCUGGAGGUUCUACAGAUACCUGCAGUGAUCAUUGUGAUUUUUUUUUUUUUAAAUCCUGCCUAUUUAGACACUUUGAUUGGGUCCUCUCAUGUAGUCCAUGGGAGUUAUGGGCAAUUGCUUUCUACCUUCAUACUGUGAAAAGAAAUGGAAUAAAGGGUUUGUUUAUUAGAAAA